AGGUGCGGAUGUGACGCAGCGCACAGGACGUGAAGUCGUCUUUCUCGGGUGACAUGAGGGACGCAGUGAUGUCCGUUUGAUCGGAUAUUCGGCUACUCGUUCUGUACAGUUGUUGUUUGUUUGGUUCAAAAUUGACCUCGGCUUUGGUCGAAGGCCGCUGAGAAUCUGUCCUGUUCGGAGUUCAGUCCAAAAUUGACGGAAGGAGGUAAGGAGAGAUGUCUUAUUACUCUUCCUCCCGUAGUUCAUCUCGAGCGACAGACUGUAAAGUUUACGUCGGGGACCUCGGCAAUGGAGCUGCCAAGGGCGAGCUGGAGCGAGCGUUCAGUUAUUACGGGCCGCUGCGAAGCGUGUGGGUGGCCAGGAACCCACCUGGAUUCGCCUUUGUGGAGUUUGAGGACCCCAGAGAUGCAGAGGAUGCUGUCAAAGGCAUGGAUGGAAAGCUUCUCUGUGGGUCCCGUGUUCGAGUAGAGAUGUCCACGGGUCUUUCCAGGAAGGGCCGCGGACGCCUUAGCCGUCGGCAGUUUGAUCCCAACGACAAAUGCUACCAAUGUGGGGACCGGGGCCACUAUGCCUACGACUGCUACCGGUACAGCAAGAGGGGCCGUCGCAGCCGGUCUCGCUCUCAUUCACGAUCUCGCUCCAGGUCCAGGUCUCACGGGCGCCGCCACCGCACUCGAUCCCGCAGCCGUAGCCGUAGCUACAGCAGGAGCCGCCGUCGCUCCCCCUCUUAUUCCAGGCGCCGAAGCAGGUCUGGUUCCCAGGCUCGGUCCAAGUCCAGGACUUCAGUGAGAAGUCGUUCUCGAUCCAGGUCUCGGUCUCGGUCUGGGUCUGCACCAAGAAGGGGGCGCUCCGCUUCCCGAUCCCGGUCCAGAUCCAGAUCUAGAUCUCGAUCUCCAUCUGCCAACCACAAGCGGAACAGCGUGUGGUGGGAGCUGAGCACUGCACUGACACCGCAGCUGAUCCCAGGCCCAGGGUCUGCCAGCUGGCGGUGUGUACGUCCUGCAGGAGGGUGACUAAGAGCUGACCUGAGAUCAGCCUGCGACUGCAUCUGGUGUUAGACAGCGAGAAAGAGGUCGACCUACCGACCGAACUCCCCCCCCCCCCCAGAGAGAGUGGGUGACUGUCUGUUCGACCGACGCACACGCUCAGACGAGAUCAGCUUGCACACACAUGCAGUUGUUCGACUAGAGUCACCCGUCCAGCCAGCCUUCAGACGUACCAGAGGGCUGACCUACACAGAUCACAGUUCGACCGUUUAAAUCCAUUACCAGACCCCCCCUACCUACCAGAGCUCUCCGGCUGCGUCUUAGCUUCUGAGUGUGAGAGAAAGAGCUGACGAGAGAUCAGUCUUCAAGAGCCUCCCGCCGCAGUGUCUCUGCAAGUUGUAGUCAUCCGUCCUUCAGUCCUUUCAUCCUUCGCUUCUCUGUACUUGUUGUUUCUACCACUGUCUCCAAAGGUAACCAAAAACCAACCCCCCCCUGACAAGCUCAUGUUGAUGAUGGUUACAGAAAUGUACAGGCUUGCUCAGCCUUAAACAAGCAUGCUUAUGUUGCAGGUGUGGAUGUGAACGAGAGAGCGAGUGGAAGACUGAAUGAAUGUGAGAAAGUGAUAACGAGCUGAUGUCUUAGGACGUUUUCUCAUCUUUUCCUUCUUGUUUAACAUCAUUUAAGCUAGCAGUAACUGAGCCAGGAGCUUUAUUUGCCCUUGGGUUUCAGGUACAUGUGCAGCUUUGACCCUGGACGACUAUUCAAAGCCCCACUCCGAUCAUCUGUUGAUUAAUUUGGAGUAUGAAGUUUUCCAAAAGCAUUUUUUCAUCUGCUCCUGAUUCACAAUAAUUUGAAUACAGAAAAACUCAGAAACGCAGCUUUAAGCUGAAUUUUCUCUAUAAAUGUCCUCCAUUAUCAGUAAAAGGCCACAAGAAUUCAAAGCACCACUUUCAUCGGAGUGGGUCUUUAAAGACCUGUCGUCUCAGAGGAAAUAAAAACCCAACAGAUGUGUUUAAAGCACAAAGCUGUCGGCAUGAACCUGAUAUUCAUGCGGUUUAAACAUCUUGUCAUGUCAGAUCAGGAACCAUAGAUAAAUGUGUUGUGCUUUUCUCGUCCCGCUGCGUCAAAUUAAUUUCUCUCCGUCUGUGUUUCAGCCGCUCCCGUUCGGCAACUCCAAAGCGAAGCCCCACACCUGCAGAUGACUGAGUGAGGAAGAGUUUGUCCCCCUUUACCACUUCCCCCAACAACCCCCGCACCCCCAUCAGCUUUUACACCCCAGUUACAGCAGCUACUUUGUUUUCUUAUGAGUUUUUGCUUUCUUCUUUUGGUAUGUGUGUGUAGUCCCAGGGUUCCCGGUGUAGGUUCAUCCACAGUGCUGUGACCUCUGUGCGGGUUCAGGCUCAGUCAGUACAGCAGGUAGAGGGGGAGGGGCUCGUUUUAAAUGUUGCUGCUGCGUCCUUCUCAGUAAGGUGUGCAGCGAAGAUAGGAAAUCACCUUUUAGCAGCCUCAGUAUCCUGUGGCAGAAGAUUUGAUCAGCUUGUGACAAAGACUGAAAAUUAGAAACUUGUUUACAUGGAGCUCAAAUGUAAGAACCUUGAGCUGCAGUGUUGGGGAAACAGGAUCUCAGAAUUGCACACUUCAUGAAUGUUAGUAUCCUCUCAUACUGGAAUAGUGAUAUGGUUUCUGAUCUGCAUGCCUUUAAAUGUCACAUUCAUUCAGUUUUUGUUUUUUCUCCCCUUUUUACUAACAUGGUCAGCUUUAAUGCUGAUUGUCCCUUCAGUUUGAAACUCUGACUUGGUUUUAAGCUCUAAAUUGACUUCUGCGGGGGCUGCUUUUGUUUGUUUUUUGGCUUAUGUGGUUAAACUGUGGCAGUUUUAUUUUUGAAUAAACAUGUUCAACAUA